UCACCGCGGAACUCAAAACACGGUUCGAGGUUCAAACCUGAGCUGGAGUCCGUGAACUUAAAACCAGUGGUCUCUCUUCCACCUUGCGCUGCUCUCUCGGAUUACAGCGGUGCGUCACGGACAUUUCGUUCGUGAUAUACACUUCCUAGAAGCCAAGUUACUUAAGACCUGGCAGGUAGGAGAAGAGGGAUGGUGAACCCGACGACAGUCGCUUUGUCCAAAGUAUAAAUGUGCUGAUAAGGCGUUUUUGCUAAGUGGACCGUCAGUGACACGACGACAGAGCCGCCGCGCCACGCUGUCACUCUGAACCUGGCGACUGUGUAAGUCAAUUGCAAGAUGAGUUCAGAUGAGCAAUUGUCACCACUGUCUCCCAAGACGUCACCUGUCACACCAUUUCAACAACGGAAAGAGAGUAAUUCUUCAUCGGAUGACAACAGACAGGCAAGACAAGGCAGUUGGGAGGUGGUUGAGGAUUUGCAGGGAUUGAUAGGAAAUAUCCAAAUGCCUGAGAAGCAGGAAGGUUUGCUGUUAAAAAAGAGGAAGUGGCCAAUGAAAGGCUGGCAUAAGAGAUAUUUCCUGCUUGAAAGGGGGAUCCUUACAUAUGCCAAGACUGGCACUGAUCUAAAGAAAGGGAGGUUACGAGGCCGCAUUGAUGUUGGUCUUUCUGUCAUGGCCAUGAAGAAAAAGUCCAUGUGCAUCGACCUGGACACAGAGGACAGUAUCUAUCACCUGAAGGCAAAGACUCGGCAUCUGUUUGAACAGUGGGUGAUGCAACUACGGCAUCAUCGAAUUUUCCGUCAGAAUGAGAUUGCCAUGGAGCCUCCAGAGAGACAGCUGCAAUCUGACCCCGCCUCCAGCAGACAAUGUCCCCAGCGUUCUUUUAUCUCUAAGCAGCCUUCAGCCUUAUUGAAGAACAGCUGGCGCCAAAACUCACAAGAUAUGAAGAAAUGCUACCAAGAUCUGUCAGAGUGUGAAUCGUCAUUGCUGGAAUUAAAUCUGCUGCUGAAAAAUAUGGAGGUGCUUCAUCGAACAUUCUCAGCACCUGCCAUCAACUUAUUGCAGACCGAAGGCUCCAAAAAAGAGAAACGAGGACACAAAAAAUGGAAAUCAAAGAAUUACAGCAAAGAAAAUAAAAACACUCUACAGAAUCCUGAUGCUCCAUCUUCUCGUCUGCACGUGUCUCAUCCUAACUUGGUAUAUUCAGAACCCAUUUCACCAGACUCAUGCUCGGAGAGUCCAGACUCGCCCACAGAAGCCUCUCGAAUGCAGGAGGAAUUCUGUCGGCUUGCUGGCACUGUUCAUUCCACUCUUCGAUCAGCGUACUCCUCACUUUGCUCAGAGAGAGACAGAGUCAAGAACACGCUGGAUUGUAUCAGUGAGAAGGACGUCUUUGAUGGGUCACGGCCUCUGCUGCAGCAAAUGUCUAGUGAGAGUCGAGGGUCAAUCCCAGAAUCCAUGUCAGAGUUCUUUGAUGCUAAAGAGUACCUUCUGUCUGGCAGCUCAUCUGAUAAUGAGGUGUCUGAUGAUGAUUCUUACGUCAGUGAUGUGAGUGACAGCACAUCAGUAGAGUUUUGCAGGAAUGAGAAUGGCAACAUGAGGGAGAUUUUUGUGUCUCCAGGUAAUGGCAAUGAGAGCGCAGUGAUGCGGCGGGAACGUUUACCAAGUGCACGCAUAAACGAGAGUGUGAAUCUGUGGAGUAUCCUGCGCAGUAACAUUGGUAAAGACCUGUCAAAAGUGGCCAUGCCUGUUCAACUCAAUGAACCCAUGAACACUCUGCAGAGACUGUGUGAGGAAGUUGAAUACUGCCACCUGCUGGACACUGCUGCAAACACACACGACCCACAUAUGCGCAUGGUUUAUAUAGCAGCAUUUGCUAUUUCUGCCUAUGCAUGCUCAUUCACUAGAGCAGGAGGAAAACCCUUUAAUCCAAUACUGGGAGAAACUUUCGAGUGUAUGCGGUCAGAUAAGGGCUUCCGCUUCGUUGCUGAACAAGUCAGUCACCAUCCACCUGUGUCCGCUUGCCACUGCGAGUCCAAAAGCUACACAUUUUGGCAAGAUAUGCGGUGGAAGAAUAAGUUUUGGGGAAAAUCGAUGGAGAUCGUUCCCAUGGGAGUCACUCAUUUAGAGUUGCCAGGUUUUGGGGAUUGUUAUGAGUGGAGUAAGGUCACUUCAUGCAUUCAUAACAUUCUGAGUGGUCAGCGCUGGAUCGAGCACUAUGGGGAAAUGUCAAUUAAACACUCGACCACUACUGGAGAUGUCAGUCAUUGCAAAAUCACAUUUCUUAAGUCGAGGUCUGGGGGUCUGAAUGCUAAUGAGGUAGAGGGUCUGGUCACUGAUUUGGAGGGGCGUAUCAUUCACUCUCUGUUUGGCAAAUGGAACGAGGCCUUAUAUCUGGGCAAACCGCCUUCAGCAACAUGCAUCUGGAGAGCAAAUCCUAUGCCUGAGAAUCAUGAGCAGUUCUAUGGAUUCACCCAGUUUGCAAUUCAAUUAAAUGAAUUGGAGGAGGGUUUAAAGCCACUCUUGCCCCCAACAGACACCCGUUUUAGGCCGGACCAAAGAUUACUUGAAGAGGGUGAUAUUGCCGGAGCAGAAGAACAGAAAGAAAGAAUUGAAGUCCUUCAGAGAGAGAGGAGGAGAGUCCUGCAAGAAAAUAACAUGACCCACUCCCCCCGAUUUUUCAAGCGUGCUAAAGACGACACAUGGGUGAGCAAUGGCACUUAUUGGGAGCUCAGGAAGGAUCCUGGAUUCAGCAAACUAGAAUUUCCUGUACUCUGGUGACCAACAGUCUAUUUGUGUCAUUGUCUUUUCUGUUUUUCCUGUAUAUAGAUCCAUGAUUUUUUUUUAUAUAUUAUCUAGUGCAAUCUUGUUAACACUGAGGGAUUUAUGUGUACUGUGCAUAUGUGGAUGUUUUUGUAUUGGUAUUUAUCUUUGGUAAAUGGAUACAUUUAUGGCAUUAUAUUGAAAAUAUCUUUAGAAACACACUCAUGCCUUCUUGACAAACUGCCUUGCAAAUGCACUGACCAAUGACUUUCAUAAGUGCCUGGAUAUACUGUAAUAAGUUUGUUUCCAUUCAAAAGCUCUCUGUUAUUCUUGUUUCUAUUCAGUAAUCAAAAUGUGUAAGUUAAAGAAAAUGCCUUUACUGAAUCAAAAUAAUAUUAAUAUUAAGUGUAAUAAUUUGAAAUAUUAAUAAUAUCUCAAUACUGUAAUGUUCAAAACAUUAGGCAUCUAAAUUUCAAUGUGGUAGUGUGUGUUGUGCUGCUCUUCAUUUUAUUUAAUCAGCACAAAAUAUUUAAUAAAGUCAAAUUACUACAGGAAUGAGAAUUUAAGGUGCAUAAUUAUCAUAAAAGUGAAUCUUGGUCCUAAAAUAGUGCAAAAUAUAACUCCUUAUUUGUAUACAUGUUAAAAAUUUGAUUUUGAAUUGAUUUUGAGUGAAAUGUUGGACUGAAUUUUUAGACAUUCACAUUAGGUAAGUUUGUAUAUAAAUGUUUGAACACCACAGUUUUGACUCAGUUGAUGACUCCAACUAUUCACAUUAUUAUGGAAUGUAGAAAUCAAAAAUGAUGUCCAUGAAAUUAUUUAAACAUAGAUUUAUUUUUCUGUAAAGGGAUGAUGAUAAUAGAAAAUAUAAUAAUAUUUGAAAAACUUUUUUUUGUCAAACAUAGAUUAAAAAAAGGUUGUUUAUUUUGUGCACAUAUUUGUUUUUUUUGUGUAUGUAUGUGGAAGAGCGACAGUCUGUAUGCGCUCAAGUGCUGUGCCUGUUACACUUGAUAACUGCGGUCCUGUUUCUGGGUGUGGUGUUUUUUAAAAUAUGAUAAACAAACAGUACUUUCCUUAGUUGGGAACACACUUAAAACAGAUGGGCACUGUUGCUUUCAGAGGAUUGAGGACAGGUUACAUCAGUGUAUGACUGACCACAUGUUGGGUUUGAGCAAUAAAUAGUGUGCACAAUUCGAA